CGGCUUCAAGAAUUCCAGUAAACACAAUCUGAGAUCGCUUCUAAAGCAAUUGACGAGCUUCCCAAACCCUUUUGCAUGGUAGCUUCAGCAGGAUUGUUUUCGCAAGAUGUCGGCAAAAAGCACAGCAGGCCCAGGAGGCAAGAAGCCAGCCUCUGCGGCCACUAAUCUCAUCGCCGGUGGAGGAGCUGGAAUGAUGGAAGCACUCGUCUGCCACCCUCUUGACACAAUCAAAGUUCGUAUGCAGUUGUCACGCCGACAACGUGGAACUGGCCAGAAGAGACGAGGGUUUAUCAAAACUGGUAUGGAGAUCGCACGGAAGGAAACGCCCCUUGGUUUGUACAAAGGUCUUGGUGCUGUCUUGACGGGUAUCGUGCCCAAGAUGGCAAUCAGAUUUACCAGCUACGAAUGGUACAAGCAAUUGUUGGCGGACAAGGAGGGCAGAAUUCGUGGCAGUAGCAACUUCCUCGCUGGUCUGGCAGCUGGUGUAACGGAAGCUGUGGCUGUGGUAUGUCCUAUGGAGGUCGUAAAGAUUCGACUACAAGCACAACAUCACAGUAUGGCAGACCCGCUUGACGUUCCGAAAUAUCGCAACGCUGCCCAUGCUUGCUACACUGUGAUCAAGGAAGAAGGUGUGGGUGCUCUCUAUCGCGGUGUCUCGCUCACAGCAUUGAGACAAGGAACCAAUCAAGCGGCAAACUUCACAGCAUACACAGAACUGAAGGAGAUUCUCCAGCAAAGGAGCGACGACCCCACAAAGCCGUUGCCAGGUUACACGACAGCUGGCAUAGGACUUAUCUCUGGUGCCGUAGGACCAUUUUGCAAUGCCCCGAUUGACACGAUCAAGACUCGUUUACAAAGGACGCCUGCUGAGCCUGGCCAAACUGCAAUGGGCCGCAUUGUGAACAUUGGAUCGCAGAUGUUCAAGCAAGAAGGACCCCGAGCAUUCUGGAUGGGUAUCACACCACGAGUGGCGCGUGUGGCUCCUGGUCAAGCUGUCACGUUCGCUGUGUAUGAGUACUUAAAGGGCGUGCUAGAGAAAGGGCGUGACAUGAUACCAGGAGGCCAGUAUGAAGAGUAGACCUCCGUUACACGCAAUUCAUCGCGACAAUGUACAUUGGGCGGCGUCUUGGGCACCACGCUAAAGAACUUGGCAUUUGUAUGGCGUUCGAGCAGGGCAUAGGUAUGUAGAAUCAAACCAGAUGACUACUACCACAUG